AUCAUUGUGGUGUUAGAUGCGCCACAGCAAAACAUAAUACAGUAUUUCGAUGAGACAUAUGAUUUCAUCCAUCACAUUUUAGAAUCGGGUGAUAAAGUCCUCGUGCAUUGCGUGGCUGGUGUGUCAAGGAGUGCCACCAUAGUCACAGCUUACUUGAUGCGACUUAACAAUAUGAGGUACAAGGAGGCUUUGGCCAUGCUCAAACGAGUGCGGCCAUUUGUUACGCCUAACCAGGGAUUCAUAGACCAGCUACGACUUUAU